AUGGCCGUGGCUCUGGACGCAGUGUGGGUGAGGGUGAAGAAUGUCUGCAAGCAGAAUGGGCUCCUCAUCAUGUCGGUGCUGGCUGUGGUCAUUGGGUGUCUUUUGGGCUUCUUCCUGAGGACACGGCGGCUCACAGAGCAGGUAAAGUACUUUCAGUUUCCUGGGGAGCUGCUGAUGAGGAUGCUGAAGAUGCUCAUCCUCCCUCUCGUCGUAUCCAGUUUGAUGUCGGGACUGGCAGCCCUUGAUGCCAAGUGUUCUAGUAGGCUCGGUCUGAUCACAGUGUCUUAUUACCUGUGGACCACCUUUGUGGCUGUGAUCGUUGGGAUCAUCAUGGUCUCCAUCAUCCACCCAGGAGGUGCAGCACAGAAAGAAGGCUCUGAGGACAGCGGCAAGCCCAUCAUGAGUUCUGCUGAUGCUCUGCUGGACCUGAUCCGCAACAUGUUCCCAGAUAAUCUGGUGCAGGCCACAUUUCAGCAGUAUCGAACAAACAGCGAAAUCAUUGUAAAACCCAAGCCAACGCUGAGUCAGGCCCAAUCAGAGUCCUCCACACGGAGAGCGCUCAUUUACGGCAUCCAGGACGAUAAUGGAACUGAUAUCCAGAACUUUGCUCUUGACCUGACGCCACCUCCAGAUGUGUUCAUACGGACUCGAGAAGGAACAAGCGAUGGAAUGAACGUCCUUGGGAUUGUUAUUUUCUCAGCCACUAUGGGUAUCAUGUUGGGAAGGAUGGGGUCAAAUGGCAGUGCCUUGGUCAACUUCUGCCAGAGUCUGAAUGAGGCUGUCCUAAGAAUUGUUGCCAUUGUUAUAUGGUACUUUCCAUUCGGCAUUGUUUUCCUGGUGGCCGGUAAGAUUCUGGAGAUGAGCGACCCCUCUGCCAUGGGGAAGAAGCUCGGUUUCUACGCCGUCACCGUGGUCUUUGGUCUGGUGUUGCACGGCUUGUUCAUCCUGCCUGCCAUGUACUUCUUAAUCACCAGAAAGAGCCCCAUCGUUUACAUCCGGGGAAUCCUGCAAGCCCUCCUCAUCGCCCUGGCAACAUCCUCCAGCUCUGCCACUUUGCCUAUAACCUUCAAGUGCCUUCUAGAGAACAACCACAUCGACCGCCGCAUCAUCCGCUUCGUACUACCAGUGGGCGCCACCAUCAACAUGGACGGCACCGCUCUCUAUGAGGCUGUGGCAGCGAUUUUCAUCGCACAAGUUAAUAAUUAUGAACUGGACUUUGGCCAGAUCAUUACCAUCAGCAUCACAGCCACCGCAGCCAGCAUCGGUGCAGCAGGGAUACCGCAGGCCGGACUGGUCACCAUGGUAAUAGUACUAACAUCCGUUGGAUUGCCGACUGAUGACAUCACUCUCAUCAUUGCAGUAGACUGGGCUUUAGACAGGUUCCGCACCAUGGUGAACGUAAUGGGGGAUGCUUUGGCGACAGGCAUCAUGGCACACAUCUGCAGGAAGGACUUCAUCAAAGAAGGCGAUGGGGUGCCUUUGAUCUGUGAGACCAAAACGGCAAUGAGCACCCCACCUCUGAUGAACUGCCACAACAAGAACGGCAACUACCGGCCUCCGUCCUCAGGGGUCAAACACGAGCUCGUCCCUCCCGACGUCGCCCGACUCAUGCAGCUGGAGGAAGGCGUUCGGCCACUUUCAGACAGAAAGAAGCCUCCGGUUCCUCCGAGGCACCUAAAGAAGAGCAAAGAACACUGCACCAUUGACAUGAAUGGCCUUGAGACCAACGUAUAGCCUCUUCAUGGAGUUUGGUGGAUUGUCUGUGUAGUUGUGAUGAUGACGGGGACAAAGGACACCUGUGCAGUUUGGAGAAGCUCGUCUUCGUCUCUCAGCUUGUUGUAGUCGGAACGUUUCUGUGAUGAAGCGUUCUGAAAACUGCGAGGAGCAUCUGAGUUCAAAGCAGUUGAUUAGCAGCAGCAAAACAAGACUGAACAGUGACAGCGGUUUCAUGAUUUCAAUCGUAAAGCUGACCCUUGUUCUGGACUUGCAGGAUGAGCUCACAUUGAAGACUCUGAACAUAGAUGCGAGCACUAGCUAUCAAUUAACUGAUUUUUAUUUGAUAUCUACAUUUUAUAUGAUUUCUACGUUUUUUUUGUCAGUGUGCAACACGUUAUUAUGACAAGUGUUUAUUAUGUUUUAUACUUCUGUACUGCAAGCAGCCACGUGCUUGUGUCGCAAGAGACAAGACAGGAUUGGAUGAGCUGAGAGAUCAGGAGGCAAAGUGAAAUGCCCUAACUGUUUAAUUUUGCCUUAACAACGCUGGUGGUGCUAGGCUAACGGUGAUGACGGGGAAGAAGCAGCGAAACAAAAGAUCAGAAACUUCACCUUCCCCGUGGUCAUGUUUGACGUGGGAAAAACAGAGAUUUGAAUGGUUUCAUGUAUUUGAACAGUCACAGGAGCACUUGAUUUAAUUAAGCUUUCUGGCACAUGAGCCUAAAAACAACCACUGGCAGUUUAAUUCAAGUGUUUGUUAGUUGAGUCCACAUCAAACAGGAGAUCUUAACUUUUCCACAUCCAUAAAACAUGAGGUUACUUUACAGUUUUUGCAUUUCCACUGCAUUUAUUGAUGUAGUCUUAAUACACUGAUGCACUGAAGCAAUUUAGUUCAAGGAUCGGUUCAUUUCUUCCUCCUGUCUAUAAUGGAUCUCAAUGACUGUGGCCAAACUCCAACCAAUGGAGGAUGAUAAUCGAGUUUAGUGAAAGCUGAUUAUACACUUAUCAGUCUGAUUUGGCUGGUUGUAUUCCUUAUUUCUGAAUUACUAACUGGUCAAUGGCCAUAUUUCUGUAACAUUAUGUGCAUUUUCAAGUAUUUGAUUAGAAAAGGUUGAUGGAAACAGCAAAAUUGGAAAAACUUAAAGUUUACAGUCACUUGAGGCAGUUUCUGGCUUUUUCAUUAAAGAGUUAAUGCUUCAUAGAAGAUGGAAAUACCUUUCUGAACAUGCUUUGACAAACCAAACAUUUACCUUUACAUGGCUGAUCAGUUGUUUCUGCACCUCUAGUUGUCUUCGUGUCCAGAGAGCAUGAAUCUUGGCUGAUAAUAGCCGACAUGAAAGAAUAAUUACAUCUUGCCCUGUUGAAAACAACUCCUGAAUACUUCUCUACAGUUUCAUGUCACAUGAGAACAAGGCAACUGGUUUUACUUAUUUCUUGUUGAGGUUUUUUUUUAAACAGUUCCAACCGUCUGUAACAUAACCUACACCACAACCGUCUGAAGACACCAUACAGCUUGGUUUAUAUGGUUCAACAUCGUUAAUUGAAACAGGCAUGAAUGACAUUUGAUGCAAUUAAAUUUUUCUCAGAACACAAUAUUUUAUGUCUCUGGUACAUCAAAUGCUGGCUCUGGGAUUUUUUCAAACUAUUUGGUCAAUUUCAAACCAGCAUAUCAACUUAUUCUGAAAUGUCCUCAUGUCGUUCGCACCACUCACCAAAAAUUCUGCAUAUAAUUGCACCAACUCACGUCUUUUCAUGGACUUCAUAAAUUAUAACACGUCUAAAAUUUGCGCCAUCUGAACACACCUCUAAAGUUUUACCACAGUAGAAAAUGACAACUUAAUGGCUGGUCUGAGCAGAUCAGGAGUUUUUUUAAAAGACAGACUUAAACAAAUCUGAACCUAUCCUUCAAAUAUAAAUGGUUAGAUUUCUCAAAAGUACUUUUUACUCUUGUCACAUAAAGUUGCUUUUUACUCUGUCAAAUACUAGGUUUUGUAUUUUGUCAUUUCACGGUGUUGUCACCACCUUGCAAAGCAACUGCCAGAGAUUUCAGUGCAGUUCUCAACACACAGUAUUUGUCUCACAGGAAGAAAACAUUCUGAGACAUGUUUUAUUUUUUUAUA